CUCACAUUCUUCAAAAGAAGGGAAGGCAAGAUGAAGAGCUCUUUGUUGCUGUGUGUUGCCUUGGCCAUCUCCUCGGGGAUCAUCCUUGUGGCAGGCUAUCCAGUGAGCCCCAAAGAUGAGGAGUACGUGCUGGUCAAUAAUAAGUGUCAGUGUGUAACAGUGACCUCCAAGUUUGUGCCCUCUGAAGAAAAUCCCGAUGAAGAAAUCCUGGUGAGAAACAUCCGCAUCAUGGUCCCUCUGAAGGCUCGGGAGAACAUCUCUGACCCCCUGUCCCCGCUCAGGACCACUUUUCGCUAUCGCAUGAGUGACCUCUGCAAAAAUUGUGAACCCAUGGAAAUUGAGCUGGGUGGGGAGAUCCACCAGGUCCAGCAGGGUAACUCGUGCGAGGAGCCGCAGACCUGCUACACCUAUAACAGGAACGAGUGCUACACCUCCCCCGUGCCGCUGCUGUACCACGGGGAGGUGAGGCACGUCCCAGCAGCUCUGACUCCCGACUCCUGCUUCGCACAGUAGCUCUGCUCUCUGCUGUGCCUGAGCCCUGCAGCGCCCCCGUUCCUAUCCAAAUCUAUGUAGAGCAGCACAGGACCUGGAUGACAGCACCCAAAUGCCAGCUCCUACAGUAACCCAACCUGUCUCUUCCCAUUUGCAACCUCAGACUCGCGCCAUCUCCCAGGAGCAGCUCCUGGCUGUCCAUGUCCCUUCUCAUGUCCCUGGCAAUGCCAUGCCGUGUCUCAGACCACAGAGAGCAGAUCCCCAGCACAUCUAAGGCAGUCAUUCCCCCAAGUCCAGGGAACUAUCCUGAUUUCCAGCUCUGGGGAAGUUGUUCUUUGCAGUCUCCUGCAUGUCUCCCCAGCAAGGCUGCCACAGACAUCAGGAGUGUCUGUGCCCUUCCCUCCCUGAGCAAUCUAAAGUGACCUCUGCACAAUCUUCAUACAAAGCCUUUGAUGACAUUAGCAGCAUUUAUGCCCUUAGAAGAGAGUUGUAAAACCACAGCUAUGAGAAAAGAUGACAGACCCUUCUAGCACUUGGACAUCUGCAAGCUUCCAGCAAGUUCUCCCAGAUACAGAGAAGAUCAAAAGACUCGUCUACCCUGAAGUGUUUUGCAAAGCUGCCAAGCCCUCAGCUGUGCCAGGAAUACUCAACUCUUCUGGGAUAUGUUGGACAUUUCACUUUCCCUACUGUUUCACUGAUAUUGCUGCCUUCUUCCACCCCUGCUCUUGGUUCAAGUGCUGAAAAAAAAAAAAUCAAGUUGGCUCAAAUUUCUUUUCUUGUUCCUCAUCCCGCAUUUAAAACCUCGGAAAUUCUAUGAAGGCAAUAUAAACUGCUAGAGCAGUUCCUAAUUCAUGGUUCAGAACUGGAGAUAUGAAACAGCAAAAACCUUAUUCCCACAAUUGUAGUUUUGUUAGUGAAAUAUUCAAUAAACUUUUUUCUGCAUCA